CUUAGUAAACAAAACCAGUAUUAAAGCUGUAUUUUUCACAAUCAAAUUACAGUUUUUGUUAAGUGAAUCAUCUCGCCUGAGAAUCUGGGAAUGAUUUAUGGAUUAAGGUUUCCAACAUUCAAAAUGCAACCAAAGAAUUUUAUCAGAGACAAAACUGUCAUCAUAAGAAUGGCCUUCAUCACAAGGCUGCCAAUUUUAAUACUUCUGUUCGGUGUAAAUAUUCUUUGUCAAGAUGCCGAUGAUGAUCCGUCUGCUCAACAACAUCAACGUCGUAUUCGUACACCCAUAGAUCUUGAGCUAUAUAGAUCAUUUCCCAGAGAGUGUGCUCGUGAAUGUCAGUGCAUACCGUCAUUUCCUUUGGCUAUGUACUGUGAUAAUCGAAAACUCAAAAAUAUUCCCAAUAUUCCAGCACAUGUGAGAUACCUGUUCCUUCAGUUCAAUGAAAUAGAAAGUGUGCCAGAAAAUGCUUUUAUUAACGCAACAUUGCUUCGAGAAAUUAAUUUUAGUCGCAAUAAAUUGAGGUCUUCCAAGAUAGCCAAAGGUGUAUUUGGUGAACUCAAACAUCUGAUUACUCUUAAUCUGGCACACAACAAACUUGAAGAACUCCCAUCUCCACUACCUAACACUCUGGAAAGACUGUCCUUGGGUUUCAAUCAAAUUACUAAACUACCUGCAGAUACCAUACGUUCAUUGAUUAACGUUACAAUUUUGGAUCUUGGCAAUAACCGACUCCCUGAUGGUGCAGUUAAGGGAAAUCAUCUUGGAAAAAUGAAGAGUCUCUUACAGUUAAACCUGCGCAGUAACAGACUCAAAUCCAUGCCUGGAGACCUUCCAGCUUCUCUACUACAACUUUCAGUUGAAAACAACUCUAUAUCAUCCAUCCCAGCAAAUUACUUCAGAAAAACUCCAAAUCUCAUCUCAUUAAGAAUGGCACACAAUAAACUCAAACAAGUUCCAUAUGGUGUGUUCAACCUGUCAAAAUUAAUGGAACUGAAUCUAGGUCACAACCAACUGACUAAAACCUUCUACGUUUCAAGGAAUCUAGAACACCUGUAUCUCAACAAUAAUGACUUUACAACACUUAAUGUUACUUUGAUGUGUCCUGCAACCGAUAUAACGAACCCAAACCAUCUGACCUAUAUUCGGCUUGAGAAAAAUAAGCUGAGAGGCCCUUUAAAUACAUAUAUCUAUGCCUGCUUUCCUCGUCUUCGAAACUUUGUUUUUGGUGAACAGGACACUGCACCAGUUGUUGAAACCCAAGCAGCGGCUGGAUUGGUUGGAAUACCAAUGUUGCUACCAAAUCAAGAAUCGGAUCGUUGAAUUAAUUACUAACUAUAAUCUACAUUAUGUACUAACAACUUCCAAGACAUAGUAUGAAGCUAUUUUUUUCUACUACAUAAAUCUUAGCCACUUAAGCAAAAAAAAGUACAGCUCUUAUUGUUUAAUUUCUCCAUUGUCAAAAUGUGUCUAAAAAACAUUUCAAAUUGUCUCAAAAUCAUUUUCAGGAAAGACAAGUACCAGUUAUUUAACACUAAGCUCUUGUGACAUUAGCUUUAACAAACAAAAACAUUUAUUUUAGAAUUUUCAAGUAACUCUUCCAAUUAAGCAUCAGGAAAAUUCAAUUAAGAAUUGAAGGAAAAAGUUAGCAGGGCCCAUGAUCAUGUCCUUUAUAUUUCCCAAACUUAUACUCUCAUCUCUUCUCCACCGCCUUAGAAACAGGAUAAACUUCCAUCUUCUCAUCUUUCACCCAGUCACCAUGGAAAUUUAAUGAAUCAAUCUCCAUCAUUUUUGACACCCACUUUCAAUGUGAUUAAACUCUAUAGACAUCUUCAAGUCUCCUCCCUUUCUUUAAUCUGAAACAACUCUUCUUCCCUCUCCACAGAUGUUGCCUGACCUGCUGAAUAUUUCUAGUUUUAAUUUGUUUUAAUUUCAGAAAAAAAGAAAACAUUCAGCUUUGUCAGAAGAGACACCUCCAGAAAAAGUCUAUUUAACUUGCUGUGCCAUUGAACUGCAAGACUCAUGAAGAAACAGUAUUUGCUACACUCAGAACUUAACCAUGUGACACACAAUCUCAUAAGACGGUAGAUCCAUACACAUGGCAACUAACACUGAAGCAGGGAAAGACAAAAAAAUUAGUCAAUGGUAUAUAUUGUAUUUUGCUUAUUGUAAUUAUUAUAGCAUUGUUACCCAAAUUAUCAAAGUAAUCUUGAAUGCAACAUGAACAUUUCUGAUUCAGGGAAAGAUUGAUUGUGGGCUAAAGUGAUGGCAAGGAUUCUCUUAAAUAUGAAUGCAAAGUCGAAAGGGAGACCAUCAUUGAAAUAAGUGGAGAUGACAAUAGUUGCAGGGGAAUGAAGAUUAUGCCUCCAGUCAAAGCACCAACCUACAAUUUAAUCAAAGGCAGUCUUCUACUCUAAAUAUCCAAUAUCACUUCUACCUUCCAGCUUAACCAGUGCCAGUUCUCCGCUCAUUUAAACCAUGCAAUAGUGUUCUCAGAAACCAAAUAUUUUUUUGACUAUACAAUACAGCAUUCAACUGCAAUAAGUGAAUGAUAAUGCUGUGAAGUCAACAUGUUAAAAAAAACUUUCACUUUAGGCUUCUUUUAAAAUCUGAGUAAAUACAAUCAAAAAGGUUAAGCUCUUGCAGAAAAACAGCAUUCGUGAAAGAUCCUUUCUUAUUAUAACAUGCUCUUUUAUCAUUCUCUUUUUAAAAAUCCAAUGACUGGCAUCUGGCAUAUCCAAAUCAUUCCAACAUUGGCAGCUAUAACAGUUAAUCUAUAUCUCAGAAAAGGAAGAUUGACUUCGCAAUUUAACACUUGCAAUGAAGUUCUGUAGGAUUAUAUGCUCAGAUUUACAUUACUCUGAUUUUAAUUCUCGAGAUCUUUUUGUUCUUUUUUUAUUAAGCUUCUUUCUUGAAAUAUUGUAGCUAAGUAUGACAUUUUCAAGGUCACAUUCAAGUUGAUAAUUUUGUCUGCAAGUAACAAGAGGGUAUAAUUACUUACACCUGCCUUCAUAUGUAACUGUAAUAUCUUUAUUUACUGAUAUAUUGCAUAUUUUCUAAUAGCCUAUUUACUAUAUAAAUUCAAACAAGUAAGCAGCGUCUUGUCUU